CAAGACUACGGUAGUGUUACUCGAAUCCCUUCGACCACCAUCGACCUCCCUCUUACCACCAACUCGGUUAUGAGCAUGCCAGUUGUGCUGGCCGCUGCUCCUCUGUUAUCGCUGCGCUUCUGAGCCUACUCAGUCAUCCCCACGGAGACGGCUCUACUUGAAUAGUCCUCGGCCUCCAAAUGGCGGACCCUUGGAGAAUGAGGUCGACGUUCCGACCAUGUCUGGUUCUAUUGGCGAUGUUGUCAACAAUUCUACAACCUGGCCUCGCCCAGAUCUGUUCUUUCUGGGAUGGCGGAUGUGUUGAUCCCUACGCCCAGACGGCAAUUUCCUUCGAUUUUUCUCCUCUCUUCUUGGACGAUCUUACACUAUAUUAUGCAUACGACGCCAACUCUCGGGGUAAAGGUAACGAACCCAUGACUAAAGCUAGUUUUUGGAUGGGCUAUGCAGCACAUCAUGUCGAUAGCUCAGCCAUCUCCACAAAUCGCACGUUGGAGGUUGGCUUGCGUGUGGGAAACUUGACAGGUACCCCUUCCGGGGGGACGAAUGGAUGCGACGGUGUUUGGGGACCACAAUGCUCGAUGAACCUCAAGGAGACAUUAAAGGAAGCUAUCUAUCAACUCUCCGCCAAGGGAGAAUAUUAUACAUUCCCCCUAGAUACUGUGUUACAUGAAAUGCUUGUCAACCCGCCUGCUCUUCCCAACUGUCCACCGCCUUUCUUCGAUGUCCAGCGAAUUCCAGUUAAGCCGUUCGCCUCGGAGACGGUAAAUGACAAAGUUGCUAUGAUGUCAACUUCUGGCUCUAGCGAUGACCCCUGGAAGACAUGGUAUAUCGACAAUAUGACUGCGAAACAACAAGCAGAUCAAGUGGCCGUUGCCAUCAUCAGCCGAAGCCCGUCAUACGACAGUCCACCCCUGAAGAGCAAAGACGAUGUUCAAAUUGAACUAGUGUGCCUUCAGGCUCCUUCAACCGGGAGUUCGUCAUCGAACCAAGAUUCCACGUAGGGUUCUCGACAUCACGUCUGAAUAUUCCUUUUCAUACUCUAAGGGCCACAAGUUGUAUACUUUGGUGGCCAUACUAAUAGCACCUUGCUGCAUUGCACUCUUCGCUGGCAUGUCUACCCGCGUGACAUGCCUCAUAACAAUUCAUUGUUAAGGA